CGAAAUGGAUCCCCCCAAUGUGGCAUUGCAAUGCAGCUACCAGAUGUCUGACAGUGACACGUGUAGGCCAGCCCCCCGUGCCCGCUGAGGUAUGGUAAUAAGGAGCCGUGCUAUUCCCCGGCCUGUCUUGUAUGACAUCACUCCAGCGGACCAUUCCAUUUUCAUGAGGAAAAUGGGUGGGAGAAGGCUGUUGAAUAUGUAUUAUUUGAAGUGCGCAUGGCUGGUAUGACGUAUUUUCUGCUCAAAAUGGCGGCCCGGUGUGUUUUGGUGUACAUUUCUGCUGUUCUGUGCGUAGCUUUUGUGAGUAUCUUGUCGAUUCAGGUCUACCAAUGAACCGUAGAGGCUAAAACGUACUUUUUGAAUAUAGGUUUUUGAUUAAAUAAAGCCAACAUUUGAUGAAACUUCUUUGGUUGUGUCAUUUGUUUUGAAUCUUAGCUGCCCCCCUCCCCAUAAUGUACGAGUUAACUUGUAAACAUGGUACGAAUGUUAUUCUGCAUAAAAUCGAAGGGUAUUUGUUCUCCUUCUGGGAAGGACUGACUGACAAGUUAUGUGACCCCAUGUCGAAAGGGGCAGACGUGUGCGCGCGCAUUUCGAGACAGAGUUCGUAACGUUUUGUUGGAAGUGGCUGUUCUCUUCAAAUCUCUGUCUGUUCUCUAACAUUUUCUGUACUAUUGUGGUAUAAGAUCACUUAAAAUGGCAGGACAGCAGCCAUUUGCCACGUCGAACUUUUUCAACUUCAACAUCACUGGUAUCCAGCAACAGGGGAUACAACAACAGCAGCAGCCACAACAACAGCAGCAACAAUAUCAACAACAGCUCUACCAGCAGGUACCAGUGCUGUAUAUUCCAGCAGUACAGCAGCCUCCGCAAGCUCCAGUACAGCAGCCUCCGCAAGCUCUGCAAGAGGAGAGGCAGAAACGCAUGGAAGCAGAACAGAGAGCAGCAGAUUUUGAGAGAAAAUGCAGGGCAGGCAGGGCAGUAGAAAGAAGAUUGAGGGAACAGCUGGGAAGAGCCGAUGAAAGGGUAGCUGAAUUAACAAGGAACCUCCAACUCUGUCAAACUCAGGAAGAAAGACAUAUCAAUGAGAUCAAUUUACUGAAGGACAAGAUGAAGGUCAGGUCAAAGAAGAAGAAGGCCAAGACGCAAGAAAGAAGAAGUCAGCAAAAGAAGGGGUCAAGAAAGGUCAAACCGAUAAGCCAGCUAAAACCACGCAGCUUCAGAAAAAGAAAAGAGACCCUCAAGCGAAAGCUUGUAGAGGCCAUCAAAGAUUUUGGCAAGGACGUGAAGAAAGCAAAGGUAAGAUAAUCAAAAAGUCUAUCCUACAUAUAUUAGCUCUCAACAUUCAAGCCUUGAAUGAUCACAGAAAGUCAUGCUUUUUGUUGUUGUUUUUAAUAGAUAUAUUGAUAUCAUUAAGGCAUUUUUCAAGUUGUUCAUUCCUUUGCGACACAGAUGGAGCUAACUCUGGAUGGAGAAGAGAAGCUCCACUGUUUCAACUACACAGAAGAGGCUGACAGAGGUUCUGAGAACCAAGAAGGAGUCAACCAAGCAGAGGAUGAAGACGGGGGCCGCCAAGAUGAGGAUGUAGGAGAAAGACAACCUGGCCGUGGAAACAGAAAGGAACCAAGUCCUGAGGAAACCAAGCUUGUACAGAGGUGGCUCAGGAUCAAAGAUAAGUUUGUGAUCUCAGAUGCAGGAUAUCAAGAAAUCAGAAUGAUAUCGCCAGAGACUGCGCCACCUCUGUACAAGCUUGUGAAUGAGCGCAGAAAUCAGAACAAGAUGAUCAACAUAUCCACAGAUGCAGAGGCAAACAACAUGUCACACCGGUCUGUCAGGGACGUGCUGAGAAAACUUCUCCAGCUUCCCAAGAACAGAGGCUACGGCGAUGAAAUCUCGGUUCGGUUUUCAGGGGAUGGCCGGCAGGUCACGCAAAAUAACAGGAUUGGUGCAGUCAUGGGCACUGUCCGGAUUGUCCCAAACAGGAACACCAUUGAUGGGACCCUGGACAGUGCCCAGCUGCACCACUCCAUUGAUGAGGAAGCGGCUGUCUUCCUAUAUGAAGGUGACCCUUUUUCUCAGACUUUUAUGCCAUACAUGAAAACUCUUUUAUCUUGCCAACCUACUGUAAAUACUGCUUUGUAAAUGUUAGCUCACCUGCAUUGUGAUAAACUGUUUUAAAGUUUAAAUUUUACA